AUGCAAACCGUUCCAAUCAAGCGACUGGAUCCCGAUGACGAACUUCUGAAAGGACUGGAACCAAAGGACAGACAACAUCGAUACAGGCUGGCAUCUCUGGAGGACGCCGAUCCGGACACUCUGGAAACUCGUUUCAUUUGCCAUUUCCACCAUGUUAGUAGUUCUGGAGAGAGACUGUUUUUAGGUGAGACAUUUAGUGCAUUUCCUUACAACUACGAGGACGUCAACUAUCGCAAGGGCCCCAGACUGAAGCCAAUGCUGACUAGACCUGAAAACCAGGAGGACUUCAAUGGAGCCCACAACGACCAAGUUUGGAACAGUGUGUUGCAAUUUCGAUGCCCUAUUCCAGAGAAGAUCCAAUCUAUGGUGCGAGAUGGUGAAGUACAGUCAUUGGUCAUGGAUUUGGUACCAAUUCGAACACCUCCCAGGGAAACAAGGGAAGGCUAUUCUCCUUAUCGUAAGGACCCAGCAUUCGACCCAUCUAGUCAAUGGGGACAAAGUCAUUUGCUUCCCAAAGUGCAAGACAGUGGCCGAUGGGCCAACAUUCCUAUAGGAUGCCGUUCUCCAGUCGAUCGUAGCAAUGCUGGGUCGUUGACCCAAGAGAAAGCUGUCACGUUGAAAGAAAAGAAGGAUUACCUCGUGGGCUGCCUUUGGGCUUCUGCUGCCUUUACCACAAGAGGUCCCAAUGCGGCCUUGGAUACAUCCACGGCGAUGCGACUUCUUGAAUGGCUUGCCUUCCAUCUAUAUAUUGCAAAACUGGAUCACGUUUACAUUUACGACAAUACAGAAGCUCAUACUGACAAAGUAUCCUUACAGCCAAUCAUUGAUUUGUUCCCUCCGGAUCGGAUAACCCGGAUUCCAUGGAAGCAUCGAGUUUGCAACAACAACUUUAAGGGCGGAGAACGGUCAUCACAGUACACAGCAGAAGCAAGCUGUAGACUUCGAUAUGGUCCUUCAACAGAGUGGAUGAUAUUCUUUGAUACGGACGAAUACUUGAUUCCACAAGGAAAUUGGACGGAUCUGCAGGACUGGCUCAGAACUAGUACAAAGACUGGGGCAAUAUCAAAGGAAACCAAAAUAUUGAGUUUCUUUCAAACUCGUCCAUUUCCACGACUUGACUUCAUGGAGCCAUACUACAACCGUGAUGGAGGUUGUGGGGAGUCAGUGGACUCUGCAAACUGCCUUGCCAAACGCGAGAGUGCUACAUUCCUAGAAACUUAUGAUUGUGAAACCACUCCAUUGCCCAAACCUCAAUUCGGAUGGCGGGCCCAAAAGCAAAUCUACCAGCCAGAGUAUGUAUUGAAUCACUUUGUUCAUUAUACCAUGGUCACCCAGAGAGUCAACGAGCAUCCGGAUGAGAGAGUCCCAGCAUUUCUGCAGCGGGCUCCUUAUGAACGACGGGUCAAUGAAUUGACAGAAGCAUUUAUGCUCCACGCCAAGACCAAGCCGCCAGGACAAACACGAGGUUGGAAACGGCUAUGUAACGCUUUGGGAAAACAAACUUGCCCAGUAGGGAUCCCUUGGCCUCUCAAUGUUACCCCCAAUCAAGGACCAGUUCUGAACGAGGAUGGUUACUCCUUCAACUGCUUUCAGCAUUCCAAGAUCCAGAACGAGGUAGCACCCAGGCUACGGGAAAUUUUGAAGCCACUACAAGCUCAGUACAAAGAGAACUUAUAG